AUGGGGAGCGCUGCACCUCCACCCACGUCUCCCCGGGCUCACGCCGCCGACAGAACGGCCACGUUUGUUUCUAUUACGCUUGGUGUCUUUGUACUCAUCAUGGUGGCUGCUUUCACCAUCAAGUCUUUCCAAGCGAAGACGACACCUCCAGAGGACGCUCGACGUCCGCGUUCUUUCGGGGAGAAAGGCCUCCCAGCUUCCAUCCUACAAACUUUUCGGCUGAUAACGUAUGAUGCGAGGUCCGACACAACCGAAACCGAUGUUGAAAAGGGAUCGACGGACAUGAAAGCACCUGAAAGCAUUCUUGUCGAGGAGCAGGAGCUGAAAGUACCACGAAAGGCCCAUUGCCGAGAAGAUGGUACUGCUAUCAACGCUCUUGCUCGCACAAAUGAUACAGAGCUGCCGUCUAAAGUCGAUCACUCCGAAUGUCCAAUUUGCAUGCACUCUUUCAGCAUGAAUGACAAAAUCCGCGUACUGCCCUGCAAGCACGAUUUCCACCAAGCGUGUAUUGAUCCAUGGCUUGUGGGUUUCAGUGGGACUUGUCCUGUUUGGUAA